CCGUUAAAUAACAGAAACAAAAACACGUGGGAGGAAAAUCCAGAAAAAUUAGCAUGAGAAACAAAUUUGCACAAGAGAGAGACAACAGACUCCUUAACACCAAACUAACAUAAACCAAUCGGAAAGUAGAAAGCAGAUAUGGUUUUUGAUGUUCAAUUUCCCCCACCAUAUCUCCAGUAUCUGAACUUCUAUACGUCGCCCAUCAUUUACUAAAAUCGCCCAAAUUUACACACAAAUAGACUAUAUUACCCUUAUUUAUUUUUCUGAUUUUUUUACCCUCUCCCCUCCCACUUAUCUACUUUUUCAUCUUCUUCCUUCACGCUUCAUCUUCUUCCUUCACUCUUCCACAUUUACUCAGCUUGUAAAAAAAUGUCUGAGGAAAAUCCAAACAAGAAGAAAAAAAUUAUCCUUCGUCCUGCAACAGAAAUUGCACUUGCAAGAGCGGCAGAGGCAAGACGACACCGAGAGGAGGCGGAAGCGGCGGCUUUGGCGGCGGAGCUUGCGGCAGCAGAGGAAAUGGACGCCGAGGAACCGGCAGCGUCAUCUCAGCCAUCUGGGUUUCAACAAUUUGCUGGUAAGACGAUUCCCGGAUUUCGAGUUGCGCAGUACGAGGAUUCAGGACCGCGUCAUCCGCAUUCACGUGGUGUUUCCGCUUCCGUUAGAAGGACGCGGAUGAACCCGACUGAGCCGCGACGUCAGCUUCAGUUACACGAUGAGGGUGGUGCGGCGUACGAUGCAAUGGAGCAUCAUGAUGUAGAUGAGGGGGGGAUGUUCUUUACGGUGAUGAUGUUCAUGAGUCAGUUUUGCAUGAGUUUGAGAGAGAUGUAGAUCCUACAGUUGAUGAUCGUUGGAAUGUUCGUAAGGGUAGGGGUGGGCGAUUUAUUCGGGGAGAGGGGAGUUCAUCGACUGUUGAGAGUCGAAAGGGAAAGGGGAAAGAUGUUGAUGACCUUAGCUGGAAGGUCACAGGUCCAGUUGCAGGAGGACCUACGGUUGGGUCAGUUAUCCCUAGUUUUGGUGGACACGUAGCUAUGGAGAUUUGGGGAGGAGGAGAUAGAAUUCCCCUGAAGUGUCAGACCCGAGAGAGGAUUUGUGCACGUUUGAGGACAUGGGUUAGGACAUUGCCUCCACCGAUACAGGCUCGUCUUCGUAGGACGUCUCUGUACCAUAUCCCUUUUACUAUGUUCACACACAUUGAUGCACCCUUGAUUUCAGCAUUUGUCGAGCGGUGGCAACCCGAUACGAGUUCUUUUCACCUACCGUUUGGGGAGAUGACGAUCAUGAUGCAUGAUGUAGUGCAUAUAUUGCAUCUUCCA